AAGAAAAUGUGAUGUUUGUGAUGUCAUAUUAAAGACGAAAGGAUCAAAGAUAUUGAAGUAGAAGGGUCCAAUAUAUUUAUCAAGUCUGGCAUAUGAAAACUGGUUUCCAAAGGAGAGAAUCAGUAUCAGCCUGGUGGCCACAACAACCAGUACUCUUGUAAAAGCCAUACCUGAAGUAGACAAUGCCACGCAAAAGCACAGCAAGCGAGAGGCCCUGCAGCAUAGAGCUCAACAUCGUCAAACAAAUGGAGUUGGAAGAGCAGGAUGAGCAAAAGGAAGUAAAAUGGGACAACAAGUUCCAGUACUUGCUAACCAUCAUUGGCUUUGCAGUUGGACUUGGAAACAUUUGGCGCUUUCCCUUCCUUUGCCAAACUUACGGAGGAGGGGCCUUCCUCAUCCCGUACCUGAUCGCGCUGGUGACUGAGGGUCUCCCCCUGCUCUACCUGGAGUUGGCCAUCGGACAGAGGAUCCGCAAGGGAACCAUUGGAUCGUGGCGAGAGAUCUCACCCUUACUGGGUGGAAUUGGCAUCAGCUCCAUGCUGGUAUCUUUUCUGAUUGCACUUUUUUACACCUGCGUCCUGGCUUGGGUGCUGUGGUACUUCUACAACUCGUUCAAAAUCCCUCUGCCGUGGAGCCAGUGUCCGGCUAAUGACACAAAAUUGAUGGCCGAAUGCCUGAAAAGCACUCCGGUCAAUUUCUUCUGGUACCGCGAGACCCUCAACAUCACUCCUGACAUUGAGACCAGCGGUUCUCUGCAGUGGUGGUUGGUGGUCUGCCUGGCCUGCAACUGGUCGUUGAUCUAUAUCUGUUUCAUCAGAGGAAUCAAGUCCAUCGGGAAGGCAGUAUAUGUGACAACCACGUUGCCCUACGUGGUUCUCACCAUUUUUCUGUGCCAUGGCCUCACCUUACCCGGAGCCAUCGAUGGACUGUUGUAUCUCUUCACCCCUGACUGGCAGAUAAUGAAGAACCCACAGGUGUGGCUUGACGCCGCAACUCAAAUCUUCUUCUCUCUCUCGUUGGCCUUUGGAGGUCUGAUAGCGUUCUCCAGUUACAACAAUGAGCACAACAACUGCGAGAAGGAUGCCCUUAUCGUGGGAAUAAUCAACAGUGCCACGUCCCUGUACGCAUCCAUUGCCGUCUUUGCCGUCCUGGGCUUUAAAGCCAACAACGACUUGCAAAACUGUCAGACGGAGUACGUGGCCAAGUUCAAGGAAAUGUCCGGACAGCUUGACUUCACCAUUUCUGACGAGGGUCCACUCAACUAUAGCCUGUUGGUUGAGUAUGUGAAGACAAAUCCAGCAGUCAACUCCAUGCUGUCACUGAGAGAGUGUAACCUAAACACUUUCCUUGACCAGAGUGCUUCUGGAACUGGCCUGGCUUUUAUCAUGUUCACCCAAGCAGUGCUGGAGAUGCCAUACCCGCAGGUGUGGGCGGUCUUGUUUUUCCUGAUGCUCUUGAGCUUGGGCCUGUCCUCCAUGUUUGGCACCCUCGAGGGAGUCCUCAACCCCAUUCGUGAGCUCAACAUUGUGCCCAAGUGGCUCCCUGUUGAAGUGUGGACAGGGCUGGUCUGCUUGGCUGCCUUUUUGAUUUCUCUCAUCUUCACCAUGGGAUCUGGGAACUACUGGGUUGAGGUGUUCAACACUUACGUGGGCUCCAUCCCCCUCCUCAUUAUUGCAUUUUUCGAAGUCGUCGGAGUGGCGUAUGUCCACAGAAUGAAAAAUUUCAGUGACGACAUCUUUUUCAUGACCGGCAAGAAGCCCAGUCUUUACUGGAGAAUUUGUUGGACUAUUGUCAGUCCUUUGAUGCUGAUCUCAGUAUUGAUCGCCUACGUGGCACUCGAGGCACAGUAUCCUCCCACCUUUGGCACGUGGAAUCUGGCUUAUGAACUGUUCCCCCAAACUCAAGUCAAGCCCUACCCUGGCUGGGUGGUUGCCAUCAGCGUGCUACUUUGCGCCUUGCCCGUGAGCGCCAUCCCACUUGUAGCUUUGUACCACAGCUUCAAGAAGACCUCCAGCCGUCUCAACAUCAACACAUACAGGGUUUCGAUGGAGAAUUCCGUGCAGGAGGACCAGCAAUAAAUUAACGGCGGUCGAGAUGAAGAAUGGGAAUGUCGCUUUCCCUAACCCAACUCUCUUUAGAGCAUUCAUUUUGGUGAUGGUCACUACGGUGGCACGCUGGCCAAUCAGUAUCUUUUUUUUUUUGGGUGGAACUUGCUGUAAAAGGUUUGAGCAAGUUGAUUUAAAAAUCCGGCAUGUACAUUCAUCCAAUCUGAAGCAAAAUGACACGGACAGCAAAUUCUUUGGCUCGAGAUGAUGGUUCACCACUUUUUGUUAACCGGCUGUCAUUUUUUGAGACUUUUGUCAUGGAAAAAUACAACAAAGUCUUUACUUUUUCAUGGAAAAAUACCAAGUGUAAAUCAAAGUCCAGUACACUGUGUAGUAAAGUAGCUGGCCGAUUUUCAAAUUGCAAUCUUUAUUGAUCUAGCGGCAGGUUUACUGGUGGUGUUUAUGACAAAUGGAUCAUCAUUAAAAGAGCUUUGUGU